ACACAACAACUGGGUAUAACAUUGGCGAAGGCUGGAUCCGCCCCUGAUUACUUUUUCGUGGGCCGCGGCCAGUACGGUACGUCUCGCAAAACACGAGAUUUCGGUAUACGCAACGCGCGUUGGCGCUACCGUAUUUUGAGAUAAAAGGAACCGAGGAAUUCGUUUUCUCCGUAAUUUGCGCUGAAAGUAAGCGAUUUGGGUUUGAAUUUUAUCCUCGAAGUAAUACUGAAAAGAUUAUUAGUGAAGCUGUGAGUGGAUACAGAUACCAACUGCCAAAAUGGCUUCCCCUCCAACAAAUGUUGACCAUACAAAUCACAGUGAAGGAGAGAAUAUAGAAAAUAGACUAUUUUCUGAAUCAGAUGAUCAUCUCAGUAAAGUACAUGUAGAUCCUUCGAAUGGAAACCAUGCUUCUCCAGGUUCUGACACGAGAAGGGCCUCAAAGUCCCGAUCAAGGAGUAGGUCUCCUGGUUCCCCUCCUUCACCUAAGACUAGAGACGGUAAUAGUGUAGAAAAAAGGAAGCAGAUCAACAGAUCACGCUCCAAAAGCCGCUCAAGGUCACCCUCAAUCUCACCACAACGAAAGAAACGAUCUAGGUCCCGCUCUCCAAAGCGGAGGAAGCGUUCACGCUCCCGUUCACCAAAGCGCAGGAGAAGAUCUCGCUCUAAGAGUCCCAAGCGGAGAUCACUGUCGAGGUCACCAACGAGAAGCAAGAAGCGAAGAUCACGGUCUAGGACGCCACGGAGGAAGCGCAGGUCUCGCUCACCGAGGAGGAAGUCACGGUCACCAGGAAGGCGGCAUUCAAGAUCGCCCUCUCCUGGGAAGAGGCGGAAGAGGUCUCGUACUCCGAAGAAGAAAAGGCGGUCACGUUCAAGAUCUCCUUCCAAAGAAAGGAGAAGAGCUAGGAGUAGGAGCAAAGAUCGUUACAGGACGAAACGGAAAUCGAGUCACCGCAGUAGAAGUAGAAGUCAUUCCACCAGCAAGAGCAGAAGCCCUUCACAGGCCAGGUCACACCACUCUCGCAGCCCGAGCUCUUCAUCCGGAGACGAAAGUGGAGCGGAACAAAAGGCAUCCUUGCCUGCGAAGGCCAGCAAACAGCGCUCAUCCACCCACAAGAAGAAGAAGAAAAGGACGAGGUCAGGAUCAAGGUCCCUAUCAAGAUCGCGAUCAAGGUCAAGGUCUAGGGAGAGACGCAAGAGGCGGAGCAGGUCGAGGGAAAGGAGGAGGAGAUCCCCACCAAGAUCACGAAGGUCACAAUCCCAUUCAAGGUCGAAGAGAAGGUCACCACCUCGCCGCAGGUCCAGGACUCCACCAAGACCUCGUCGUCGCAGUCGUUCACGUUCCCGCUCUCCAUUCAAGGGAAAGUCAUACAGGCGUCGAUCAAGGAGCCGAUCUCCAAUAAAGCGUCAUAAGAGAUAUUCAUCAUCUGACAGCGACAGUGCGAUGAACGCCCAAGAACAGCUGGCCAGGAGGCUGGAACGUGCCAAACAACUCCAAGAGGAGAGAGAAAAGAGAGAAAUGGAGCAGCUGAAGAAAGGAUUGAAGGAAGAAGAGAAGGCAGAAGAAAAGAAACCAACUGCACAAAAAGAAGCUGCAGCGAUUGCCGCAGCCCUCAAUGCUGCAGUCAACCCUGUGGCCCUGGCUGCUGCCUCCACAGUGAACCCACAAAUAGCUCUACAAGCAGCUGCUGCAGCUGUACAAGCUCAGGUUCUUGCUCAAACAGGGAUAGCCGUGCCCAACUUCUACAACCCAAUGGCUGUCAAUCCAGUUCACUAUGCAGAGCAGGAGAAGAAGAGAAAACAACUCUGGUCAAAGAAACCGGAAGAGAAAACAGAGGCCGCACCUUCGAGCAACAACUGGGAGAAGACAUCCUUUGGUGAUACAGCUACCCGAGAAAAGUUCAGACGUCUCAUGGGCAUCAAGGGUACUGCAGCAGAAUCAAGUACAGGUGAUGACGAGAGCACCAGGUUGAUGGAUCAGUUAGAUCACGACUAUCAGACGGCUCGCAUCAAGACACACACCCAACGCAGCUUUGGUCUUGGUUUCGGCCACACCUAUUCAGUGCCCACGCAGCAAGUAGCUGCACCUUCCACCGCUACGGCACCCAAAGAUCCAACCAAGAAAGAAUGAUCCAUUCUUUAUCAUUUAAUGCAUUGUUUUUGGAUCAAAUCUACAUUGUACUUGCCAUUGAAAUGUGAGUGGCCAUCUUGGAAUUGCGCUGUGUGUAGUAUGACAAAUACCCAACUUUGUUUUGCAAGUACAGUACAAAGUGAAUAGAUUCAAACCAAUUGAAAGUUAGGGUAAAAUAUUUAUGUCAAAGAUGGUUGUUGCUUGAAUCUGUUAAAGCUACAUCCUCUAAAAAACCAUCCUGGAAGAUUGAUCUGAAAUUUAGUGAAAAUGAUUUUAGGAUUGAUCUAUUAAAGAUAUUGAAUUCAUUAUUCAAAAUAAAGUUUUGAAAAAAGAGUGGUUGUUUUGACAGUUGAGUUAAAAUCAACUCUUGCUGAUCAUUAAAACCUUUUUACUGUGAUAAAAAGCUAUUAUAUUUUUCAGAGGGUGGCAGAAGUGAACUAGAUUUUUAAAGAAAAUAAAAUGGACUGAGAGUUAGUGCUGAAUCUUUCCAAUGUAUGUGUGCCAAUGAUGGAGAUAAAGCAACCUUGUGAAUAUUGUAAAUCUCUUUUCUGAUUUGUAAAAUCAUGAAUUUUGAGCAGCUUGUUUCAAGAACAAUUUUUGAAAAAUAUGCAUUUAUAUGUAAUAUUAGUGAUUUAAAUUCGCUGUUUAUGUUAUGUUUUUUUCACCUGAAAAACAGUUUAAAAGUUCAUAAAUAUAUAUAUACACAGAAAGGUUUCAUUUUCUUUUAUGAGUGUUUGAAUGUUGAAACAUUUUUCUGUAUCUUUCAUCUACUGAAUAUAUAAAUCUGUGUUAUCAAAGAUGUGUAUAACAUACAACUUGUAAUCAUCAAAUUAAGUAGAUCUCUUAUCAAACAUGUAUAACAUAUUUCGGUAAUCAUCUGUAGUGAUAAAUGUCUGUAAUUAAACAUGUAUAGCAUGCCAUCCGUUAUCAUCUAUAGCCAAUCACAGUGAUCAAGAGUGCAUGGCUUACAUGUAACAGAUGAGGUGAUUCAUAUAGACUCAAAUGGGUUAAGAAUUUCAUCCCAGUUGAUGUUUUUAAUGCAUCACUGCAUUAGUCAAGGUCAUGCUUGGGUAAAUGCUAUGGCCCGUAUUUUGAAGUCGGGUUUAAGUUAAACUCAGGUUUAAAGUUGUGGUUUAAGUAUGGGAAGCCAAAAGUAUCAAAUUUGUUAUUAAGUUGUAUGUUUCUUAUGUUUACAGUGCUCUUUCUUGAUUCAUCGAUGGUGAAGCCAAUAAUCUUUUUAUACUUCCUAGACAAUUAUGAAUGAUUUGAGAGCCAAAUGAGCUGAAAUAUGAUAUCUCUACUGUUAGUGAUUUAUGUAACAAUUGGCUCGCCAUACUUAAACCACAACUUUAAACCUGAGUUUAAGUUAAACCCGACUUCAGAAUACGGGCCUAUAUAUCUAUAUCAUGUUCACAUUGGUACUUAGGCAUGACUUACAUGUCAUUCUUUUUUUAAUCAUUCUUCUGAAGUGAGAAAUCUUUUUGAGAAGACAUGUAUAGAUAUGUCCAGAAGUGAGUCAUAUGUUUUAAUGUAAAGCAGCAUUGAAUAAUUUUCAUUUUAUUUUGAGCACCAGUACCUGCAGAAAAGUUGUGAGCAUUAGGUUAGCUUGAACUAUCAUCUUACUUUCAUUUUUUGGUGUAUAGACAUAUGGCCAUUUUGUAUAAUGUUAGUCCAAUUUUAGGAUAUAAGUCUGAUGAAGUGUUGACUACUUAAUUGUGUACAUUCAUUCAUUAUGUUAUAUUCACUUGUAUUUUCCUGCAACUUUUUUUUUAUUGAAAACGCGCUCAUAUAUUUGCUUCAUGUAUCAUUAAUGUAUUUGGUCUGUUGAUUCAGAAGUCAAUGUACAUGUAGCAUAGGUCAUUAGAUGGAGAUAAAUGUUCUAUAAUGAAAGGCAAGGAGUGCUUUGUUAGGUAGUUUGAAACAUUACAAAUGGCUUGUAUAUGGAGUGCCAAAUGGGUUGCCAAAAAAAUUUCUCGACCAAUCCAUGUACCAAAUGUGACUCAACAUCAACAUCAACUAUGUCAAUUUUAAUUUGAUUAGCUUAACUUGAAUGAUGCAGAAUUAUUAACAUUGUUGUAAUGCAAUUCAGAGUACAUAUUUACCACUAUUCAUAUUUCUUUAAACUGAUACAUUUGAAAGUUAUCACUCCCAUUUUGCAUUUCACAUUGAAGUUGUUUGAUCAUCAGAUUCAUGAUGUAUUCAAGAAAUUUUUGCAAAAGAAGCAAACUUAAAGAAAGUUGAAGCGACUUGAUUGUUUUAUGAUUAAACCAUUUUUAUUUUGUACAAAAGUAGUGUUAUGUACAAGUAUGUUAUUUGUUAACUUGACUGGUAUUCUGAAAUUCAUAUUUCCUUUUAUUUCAUAUUCAUCAUUGUAUUUUUUGUGAAAUAGUUUUUUUUAAUUUAUCGGUGAUAGGUUGAAGUGUGCAACAUUGUGCCAAAUGGACCAGCCUGCAAGUUAUUAGAUCAUAAUAGCAAACCAAUGGUGUGCUAAAUUUUGAUCACCAUUACAGUUGAAAUAAGAUAAAAUAUGAAAUUCCAGAAUAGCAGCCCUGUUGUUUUUAUAAGAUAGCUUUCUGAAAUGAUGGAGAGAGUAUAUUCAAUCGAUCUUAUCUCAUCUCCAAUAUUUUGAUAUCUGGUCUAUGUCCAUCAUGAAUAUUUGUUGUGUGAAAUUGUAUAUUUGUCAUUUGUAAAUGAGUAAUCGAUGAUCUGUGGUUGCAGUUUUUUUUCUUUCUUUUUCCUACUUUGCUACAUUGUACAUAAUGAAAAUUAGCAUAGUUUUGACUUUCAUCAAUUCUUUUAAUGAACAAAUAUGAAUUUUUAUUUUUGGAUUGUUUCUUUUUUAUGAUUUGGUAUGGUUCUUUCAUCCUUUUUUUCCCAUUAGGAUGCAUGUACAUAUGCCCAAGCUUGACACAAAUAUAUUUUUUAUCAUUGAUUCAGUAAUUUUAUAUCUCGUCAUGCAAAAAAAUUGAGUAAAAGACAUCACAACAAAUAAAAAAGGGAUUAGCUCUGAUAAAUAAAAAGGGAAGGGGUGGACAAUCAAAUAACACCCUCCUUUGCGGUCCAUAUCCUCCUGUACUGACUUGAUACAAAACAUUCUAGAAAAUAAAGCCUAAAUUUUGAUAUACUAGUUAUAUUGGCUACUUCAACAUUAAGAAAAGGCUUGUUUGGUAGCGUAAUAUCUUUGUUCCUUAUUUCCUAUAUUAUUUAUGAAUAUGUAAAGAGAUGCAGAUAAAUUGUUUUCAUUUGAGGGGGUAUAUUUUAUAGGACUAUAUGAUAAAAGAUAUUACAUAAAAAAUGCAUUAUUUGUCUUCUGACAUGUAUCCUUUGUUUUGAACUUCUGAAAUUCAAAUUGCAAGUCCUAGCUUAAUUUAAACUUCUGAUUGAAUGAAAAUCAAGUAUUGAUCAAACAUAAGUUUUUAGCAACAUCGUCAUUGACCAAAUGAAUGUAUCUUUAUCAUUAACUCAAGUGAUGUUCGUGUAGGCUCCACUCGCACAUGCGAUGUUUUUAAAUCAGCAGUGAAUUAUUUUUAUGUGUGAGGAACUCGAUAUUGGCUCUAAAUCACCAAUUUUGAGGAUAACCAGAGGAUGGAUAUGGAGUGAAAUUAGGAUGAAAAGUAAGAAAUUAAGCUUCUUAUUCUUUGUAAGCUAGUUUUGGCGUAUGAUUUUUACAAUAAAUAUGCAUUUUUUCCCACCUCUGCCACUCGGAGUAUCAGAGCGAGUUUUGGACCUUGAUGUUUGGAUAGGUGUAGCAUAGUGUAGCGGUGGUGAAGUGGAGUGGAGCCUACACGAACAUCACUCGAGGUACUUCAUCAUAUUCUCUCAUUGUUAUUGUAUUCAUUAUGGUAUCAUAGUUCAUGGAGGACCAUUGUUUUACUCCAUUUUAGCCAAAGCUCUUGUUCAUGGAUUGUAAAUAGUUGAUAUGAUAAUGAAAAUGUUAGGCUGCUGACAAAAUGAGUCCUUGGAGCUUACAUGGAUCGUAAUGUUGAUCACAUCCCCCCUCCCCCAAAAAACAACAACAACCCACCCACAAACGGCAAAUUUGUUCUACUAUAUAAAUUUUUCCUGUUAAUCACUACUCAAACUCGCUUUCUGUACUUUGCUACUCAUACAGAUUUGAGAUGAGUGGAAAAUCCAUAUUUCUUUUAAAAAUUUGAAUGUGGUAAUGGACUGCAAUUCCCUUGCCCAACUUUUGUGUUUUCGAAUUUCAAAGAAUACCUACUAUUUUAAGAGCUUGGGAAUUCUUUCCCUUUGUCAUUUCAAUGUACAUUACCAUUGAUUUGUAUAUAUUACAAACAUAUCCCAUGGAGACUGAGCUUGUUUUUGGUUGCAAUUCAAUAUUUUAUCCUUAGGAAGUACACCUUACCUUCAUCGAUGGUGUAUGUAAUCUCAAAGCCAGAUAAUCACUUUGGAAAUGUACUUUUAUGGCAAACAUGUAUGAAAUUGGAUUUAAAACAAAACACGAAGUUUGAAUUACAAACAUGUAUCGUGGUUGUGUUUUUUAUUUUUUUAAUGGUUCUUUCCCUUGACUAUCAUACUUUCAGUAUUCUCUGAAGAACACACAAUGCAACGUUGCGUGAGGCAUGAAAUUUGAUUUUGAUAUGGCGAGUGGGUUUUUAAAGAAAUUAUAAUGGUUUGUGGACCCAUUUUCAUUAAGCUGUUUAUGAAGUUAUGCAUGACUUUAUGACUUGACUUGAAUAUUUCUUGUUUGUCGCUAAUCAUUUCAGCAGGUAAAUGUACAUAAAACUUCUUAAUGUUGAGAUGUUUUUCAUGAUGAAUACAUAAUUCGUUGCCCAUCGAGAUUUACUUGAAAUAAAGUUUUAUUAGUUAAAUGCGA